CCCCGACAUCCGGUUUUAAUCGACACGCCGCAAGAAAUCGACUCGAAGAAAUUCCUCCUCUUGAACCCGUUUUUUUUUUUAGCAGAGCUAAACAGACAAAACUAGAAGGGAAAGUGUUUCUCCUGAGUAAUUCCUGACGAUUUAGGAUGUACCGACGGACGGAGACGAUGAGAUAAAUUGUUAGCAAUAAGAUGUGCUUGGCCCGCCGGAGGGGAGCAACAGAAGACAGUGAAACUACAGUGGAGGGAACCAGCAGCUAACCUUCUCAUGGCCUGCCAGUCUGUCUCCAUUAGCAACAUGGACGAGCAGGCCCUGCUGGGGCUCAACCCUAACGCAGACGCCUGCUAUAGGCAGAAGGCGAUGGUGUAUUUUGAGCAGUUGAAGGAGUCCCAGGAUGCCUGGGAGGUGUGUGCAGAGGCCCUGGCUAAAGGCAUUUACAGUGACGACCAUGUGAAGUUCUUCUGUUUCCAAGUCCUGGAGCACCAGAUCAAGUACAGACAUGGAGGUCUCAGUCCUGCCCAGCAACAGCUGAUACGAGAAACCCUGAUGAAAUGGCUGCAGCUUCAGUUAAUGAACUCCCAACCAGAGAAGCCGUUCAUUCGUAACAAGGCAGCCCAGGUGUUUGCUCUGACCUUCGUGAUGGAGUACCUGACCCACUGGCCCAAGUUCUUCUAUGACCUGCUGUCUCUCGUGGGCCUGAACCCACACGGGGUCGACGUCUACCUCAGAACGCUGAUGGCUAUCGACGCUGAGGUGGUGGACAGAGAUAUCCAGCACUCCCCUGAGGAGGUGGGUAGGAAUACGUUAAUAAAGGAUAGUAUGAGGGAGCAGGUCAUCCCCAGCCUGGUUGAGUCCUGGUACCAGAUCCUUGGGGCCUAUCAGCAGUCUCACCCUGAGAUCACCUGUCAAUGUCUGGAGGUGGUGGGAGCGUACAUCUCCUGGAUAGACCUCAACCUCAUCGCCAACGACAGGUUUGUUAACCUGCUCCUGAGUCAGAUGUCCGUGGAGGACCUGAGAGAGGAGGCGUGCGAAUGUCUGUUUGAGAUUGUUAAUAAAGGCAUGGACCCUACAGACAAAACCAAGCUGGUUGAGUCCCUCUGUCAAGUCCUGCAGUCUGCUGGCUUCUUCAAUGUGGAGGAGGAAGAGGAUGUGGACUUCCUGGCUAAGUUCUCCAGACUGGUGAAUGGGAUGGGUCAGUCUCUGGUGCUGAGCUGGACCAAACAGGCCAAGGGGGGCGAAGUGAAAGACGCCGCCGAGUCGCUGCGCGCCAUCGAGGCAAAGGUUCCUCUGCUCCUCCAGCUGUUGGUCCACGACGACGACGACAUCUCGGCUAACAUCGUAGGCUUCUGCUACGACUACCUGAACGUACUCAAACAGGGGUCCGAGUGGCAGAGUAACAUGCUUCAGGUAGGGAGAGGAGGACAGGAGGCCAUUGAAGAGUACUGGGAAUCAGACAAGUUUCCGCUGCUGACAGACCAACAGAAGACUAACGUUGAGGCCAUCAUGUUGGCUGUGAUGAAGAAACUCACUUAUGAUGAAGAGUACAACUUUGACAACGAGGGGGAGGAUGAAGCGAUGUUUGUAGAGUACAGGAAACAGUUAAAGAUGCUGUUAGAUCGUCUGGCUCAGGUGUCUCCUGAGCUGCUCCUGGAAGCUGUAGGCAGAGUCUUCAAUAACACCGUGCAGCGGUGGCAGACGGCGUCCUUCAUGGAGGUGGAGGUGGCCAUCAGGCUGCUGUACAUGCUGGGAGAGGCUCUGCCGGCUUCACACGGGGCCCACUUCUCUGGCGACACGGCCAAGACCUCCGCCCUGCAGGAUAUGAUGAGAACGCUCGUCUCCUCUGGUCUCAGCGGGUACCAACACACGUCUGUAUCCCUGGAGUUCUUUGAGACGGUGGUUCGUUACGACAAGUUCUUCCUGGUUGAACCGCAGCACAUCCCCAAUGUCCUGAUGGCCUUCCUGGACCAUCGAGGUCUGAGACACAGCAGUCCUAAGGUCCGCAGCAGAGUGGCCUACCUCUUCUCACGCUUCGUCAAGACGCUGCAUAAACACAUGAACUCCUUCAUUGAAGACAUCCUGUCCAGGAUACAGGACCUGCUGGAGCUGGCUCCUCCUGAGAACGGUUUCCGGGCGCUGCUGACCAGCGAUGACCAGCUGUUUAUCUUUGAGACGGCGGGGGUGCUGAUCGUCCACGGAGAGAGUCCCGCCGAGAGGAAGCAGGCUCUGAUGAGAUCGCUGUUGACCCCGCUGAUCGACGCUUUC